CUCGAGUUGUCACAGCGCAUGCUCGACCAGCCCGCGGUGUGUGUGAGUGUGUGUGCCGGGGAGACGAUCGGUGUAUCAGCAGAGCAGCAUCGUUUCCUCUGAUCACUGUCAGGUGAAUGAAAGCAGGAUGAGUAAUUGUCAAGAACAGGGGGACGAGCAGGUGACUGGACUGGUCUGUCAGGAGGACGACCUGAAAGAUGGAGAGAUGAGGGAAGUAACUGUGGGGGAGCAGAAGGUGCUGCUGGUCCGUACCCACGGCCAGUACAGUGCUGUUGGGAACCGGUGCUCUCACUACAACGCUCCUCUUAUCAGAGGAACAUUGGUUGGUGACAGAGUCAGAUGUCCCAUUCAUGCUGCUUGUUUUAACGUCCGAACCGGAGACAUCGAAGAGUAUCCAGGUUUAGACAGCCUUCCAUGCUAUAAGGUCAAAGUUGAAGAUGGCAAUGUGUACGUUUCCAUCGACAAAAAAACUCUUAAUCUGACCAGGCGAGUGAAGGACAUGUGCAGCAUGGUACCAGACAUCAAACAUACUGUUCUGCUCAUAGGAGGAGGCCCGGCCUCGCUGGUUUGUGCCGAGACGCUGAGACAGAACUGCUACGAGGGUCGAAUCAUCAUUGUCACCAAAGACACUCUCCCUCCGUUUGACAAACCCAAACUGAGUAAGGCUAUGAACGUGGACAGCAGCAGCCUCCUCCUGCGCUCAAGUGACUUUUAUGAAGAACAUGGAAUUGAGAUGUGGACACAGAAGGAGGUGGUGUCUGUAAACCCCGGGGACAAGGCGGUGAAGCUGGGUGACGGCACUGUGCAGCAUUACGACCAGCUCCUCAUCUCGACAGGCUGCAGGGCCCGGCCGCUCAGCUGUCCCGGUUGGGACCUGCAGGGAGUGAACGUACUGCAGAAUUACGAAGACGCCAAAGAGAUUCACAGCUCCUGUCUUGGGAGAAAGGCAGUCGUCAUCGGAGCCUCCUUCAUAGGUAUGGAGGUGGUGUCCUUCUUAUCAGACAAAGCUGCCAGUGUGGUCAUGGUGGGCACUUCCACUUACCCGUAUGAGCGCUCUCUGGGCCCGGAGAUCGGCAAAAUGACAAUGCAAAUGUUGGAGGAGCAAAACGUGAAGUUUUACAUGAAUGACACAGUCAUUGAGAUUAAAGGGGAGAAUGGCAAGGUGAAGGAGGUGGUACUGAAGAGUGGCACAGUCCUGGAAGCUGAUGUGGUGAUUGCAGGAAUUGGUGUGAUCCCUAACUCAGAUUUUCUGGAAGGAAGUGGAGUGGAGGUGGAUUCAAGGAAAGCUGUGGUUGUUGACAAGUUCAUGAGGACCAAUAUAACUGAUAUUUUCAGUGCUGGAGAUGUCGCAAGCUUCCCUCUGGCCAUUCGUGGCGACCAAAGAGUCAACAUCGCUCACUGGCAAAUGUCACACGCUCACGGAAGAGUGGCUGCUCUGAACAUGCUGAAGAAACCGACCGAAAUUAAGUCGGUUCCUUUCUUCUGGACUUCGUUGCUUGGGAAGAGCAUUAGAUACACAGGCUAUGGGGAGGGAUACACAGAAAUCAUAUUUAAAGGCAAAGUGGAAGAGAGGAAAUUCCUGGCAUUUUACAUCAAGGAUGAUGUGGUGGUUGCUGCAGCCAGCCUGACGUUCGAACCUGCUGUGGCUUGUCUCGCAGAGCUGAUGGCCACUGGGCAGGUUUUCAAAAAGACACAGGCUCAAUCCGAUGACAUGAGCUGGCUGCAGAUGUGAUCAGAGUGCUGCUGUGUUCAGGAGUAAUGUCCUUGUGGACGAUAUCACUCUCUUGCCUUACUAAGAAAACCGCUACUAUAGUUGCCCACACACAGCUUUACUGAAUUUCCACUUUGGGCUUCAAGUGAAUAAUCUGAUCUCAGCAUAAUGUAUAUUGCCUGGAUACGUCUAAAUCAGUUUCACCACAAUGAAAGUAAAGUGUGUCAACCAUUCCACUUUGUCAACAAUGAAUUGUGUUAGCCAUACACAUCCUUAUAUCCAAAUGUAUUUAUAUGCUUUACAUUUUUAAGAUCCCUGCAAAAAUAGUACUCUUAAUAGUACACUUUUUGGGGUUAGGGUUUAGGGUAGGGUAAGUUAUUUGAAAUCUACAUUACAGUAACAAUACAGUAACUUGUUGAUAAUUAACAGUUCCUUCACUUUGACUUUUCUGUUUGUUUCAUAAACACUGUAAUGCCUUUAUCCAAUAUAUUGCAAAUGUUUACAGCGGAGAUGUAGCUUGUUCUGUCUUUAUGUAGUAUCUUAAAUGUCUUUUAGUUACUCAGGAAAUACAUGUUUAAAUACAAGUAUUGCUCAGGUAUUGAAUGAAUGUGAAGAGUUUGAAAACCACUGGAUAUCCAUAUUAUCAGCCUUCAACAACUGUGGGUUCACUAUAGCAAUGUUUACUUCAUAGUUCUUUUCCCCUUCGCUUUGUGUUACACACACACACUUUAAUAAAUCGUUGAUUGACCACAA